AUGGAUCAAGAAAUGGUACAGAUUCUCAACUUUCUCCGCUGGCCCUUAAAACUACUCGGCCUUGACGUGCUCGAUACGAACUGGAAGGUGUCACCGCUGACGAUGUGCAUUAUCAGUAUAUUUGCAUUCCAGCAUUAUGGGAGUUUCUUAUUUUUGAAAACGCACCUGGAUGCGUUCGGAGUGUUCACCGAAUGCUUUUCGGUAUCGGCGGUCGGACUGGAAAUUGUCAUCCGGAUGAGGCUGCUCAUAUACCAUCGCAAAAUGCUGAAUGAAGCGAUUGAAGCCAUUGGAAAUCAAAACAAUCUUUUCAGCCAUAGCGAAAGCUUCAAGAAGCUUGCGAACCAAUUCUACAAGGUGGUAUCGGUAUCGCUGCACAUGAUUGGCGGCAUAUAUCUUUCCACGAUGAUGUUCGAGCUGAUCCCGAUCCUGUAUCCCGACCCGAAUAAAAGCAAUUUACCACUGGCGGUGUACAUACCACAUAUGCCCCAUGAUGUUGCACCGUACUGGCACAUUAACUACGCCUUUCAUACAUUCAUCAACUUAAUAUGUGUGAUGUUUCUGGUCGCGGUGGAUGGCAUACUCGUGCUGUCCAUGUUGGCCGCCGUCUACCAGAUCAAGGGACUAAAGCUAUGCUUUCAGGAGCUCGACACCGGUGUAGAACAAGCCGACCUACACCGAGAGCUGGUGCGUAUCUGCAAGACGCACCAAAGCAUCAAAACCUUCGUUCGUCUGCUGGAACAAACGUACUAUCUAGAUUUGCUGGUAGACUUCGGUCUCGUCUGUGUAAUUCUGUGCAUGGGGUUGAACGUGAUCGCCGUCGAUAUAAUGCAACCGAUCGGAUUCUAUCUGCUAUCAGUCGCCUUUCAGCUGUUUCUGCUCUGCUUCUGCGGUAAUCUAUUGCUGAUCGAGAGUGAUUCACUGUCAGACUGUCUGUACUCCAUCGAUUGGUACUUGAUGCCUGUGUCGGAGCAAAAACUGUUUAUGUUUAUGAUUGCAAAUGCACAAAAACCACAGAUGCUGAACGGCAUCUUCAUGCCAUUGAUCUUGUCCAGCUUUAUGUCGGUUAUUAAGGCAAGUUAUUCAUAUUUCACACUGCUGCACUAA